AGUCAUUGGCCGAGUUUCGAGUGUUCGGCGUUCAGUUUCGUUUAGGUUAUCGAACGUAGCGGUUCGUAGACGCGCGUAUUCCGCCAAUUCUACUGUUAUUUUUCGAUUCGAUACGAUUCGGAUCGCCUCGCAACUCGCAACUCGCAAAUCGCAGCUCACAAAUCGCAAUUCGCAAAUCGCAGGUCGCAUCUCGUGUCUUGUGUCUCGAAGCUGCCACAGUGCCACAUUGAGAGUGGUCAGUGGCGUUCAAAAAGAGCGGUUUACGGCGCAACGCUUAACGGUUUAUUUGUGGGGGAGUUAACGGCAUAACGACUUUACUCCCAAAGACGAUUUUUUUACAAUUUCAAAAAUAAAUAAAAAUUAAAUUAAAUUAAAAAAUAAAUAAUUUAAAAAAAAAAUACUAAAAAUUACUAGUUUGAAAACCCAAAAAACAAAAAGAAAAAACAAAUCGUGUCGCGAAACGCCCGCGUGCCGUCGCCAAUUGUGGAGUGUUUUGUUUUUUUUUUUCGUUUUCACGUGCUUAAGAGUGUGUUUGUUUUUUUUGUCGUGCGUUUUUUUAAUUGACGGGCCAGGGAGCAACCACAACAACAACAACAACAACAACCUGAAAACCUGAAAGAAAAAAAAAAUACAAAGAAAAAAGAAGAAGGAUAAAGCUCCAAAACCCAAAAAAUCCAAUGCAAAAGUGAAAUGUAAACAAUGAGAAAGUGCAGUCAGUGGAAAGUGUAGCAUACUGUUCGGGGCCUGUCCCAAUAAUUCCAAAACACCAGCCAGAGUAGAAAGUCAAAAACUCAAAAACUCAAACUCGAAAGUUUUGUGAGGACUAGCACCAGCCACCCACCUGUGCGAAAGGCGCUAAGUAGCAGGCCUCGCAAGGACAACCCGACCAGGACCCAACCAAACCAAACCAAACCAAAUAGAGGGCGAAAGUAAAGCCGCAAAAGUGACGGGCUCAGACGGAAGUGGAGGAGCACAGAGACACCAGAGACAAAUACCAGAAUACCAGGAGAGGAGAGGUCAUAGCGCCAAGCCCAAGAUCUUAAGGAUCGAAAGGCUCUUAAGUUCCUAAAAAUAGAAUUCUACAAAAGUGGAUUGAAAAAAAAAGUCAGCUCGAAAAUGUCGUCACAUUGGUUGAUACUCUUUGGAAUAGUUUGCUUGAUGGCGGGAGGCACUCAGGGAGCCUCGAAGCGCUUCUUCACAGACUUCCUGCAGGACCUGCCCACACCCGGCACCGGAGGACCCACCUUCGACACCACCGUGGGCACCAACAUCACCGGACUCGUUGGCAAGACCGUGAAGCUGACCUGCCGCGUCAAGAAUUUGGGAAAUCGUACGGUCUCCUGGGUGCGGCAUCGGGACAUCCACCUGCUCACCGUCGGCCGCUACACCUACACCUCCGACCAGCGGUUCGAGGCCAUGCACUCCCCCCACGCCGAGGACUGGACUCUCAGGAUCAGGUACGCCCAGCGCAAGGACUCCGGCAUCUACGAGUGCCAGAUAUCGACGACGCCGCCCAUCGGACACUCCGUUUACCUCAACAUUGUUGAACCCGUUACUGAGGUGAUUGGGGGACCAGAACUGCACAUCAACCGCGGCUCGACCAUCAAUCUGACAUGCAUCGUCAAGUUCGCCCCCGAGCCCCCACCCACCGUCACCUGGUCGCACAAUCGAGAGGUCAUAAAUUUCGAUUCACCUCGCGGCGGUAUAUCAUUAGUCACCGAGAAAGGUGUGCUGACCACCAGCCGGCUCCUGGUGCAGAAGGCCAUCUCGCAGGACUCGGGACUCUACACAUGCACCCCCUCCAACGCCAAUCCCACCACGGUGCGCGUGCAUAUCGUCGAUGGUGAACAUCCGGCGGCAAUGCACCACGGCAACUCUGGGGCAUUUCGACCGCCGGGCCUGGUCUCGCUGCUGCUCUUCUUGUGCGGAGCGCCGCUGCUCAUCCAGGCGGUCACCUUUUGCCGAGUCCUGGCCCAUGCCCUCGGACGGGCCACGCCCCAACGACACAGUACCGCCCACGGCAAGGACAAGGAUAAGGACAAGGACAAACAACGAAGCAACGAAUCACGGAACAAGUCACUGGAACAGAAACACAAUGAGGAUCAGGAUCAGGAUCAGGAGCAGGAGCAGGAUCAGUAUCAGGAAGAUGAGGAGCAGAUGUCCUUGCGACGAGGAGACGAGGCGAGUACGUUGGGGGGCACAUAGCUAGGCGGUGGGGCGGGAACCGAAAUCGCUGACGCUGAGUUGCCAACUGGAAUCGCCUACUAGGUUGAUAGUUUCCCCCCUCCCCCAUACACCCUCCUGCUACCAGGACACAGAAGAAGACCCCAAGCCCCUUUCACCCUCUCUUUCGCCCCCCUAACCCAGUUGCAUGCCCCGGGGCGUUGCAGGUCCUUUUAUCACUAAAUUAAGUAGCCAAAGGAGCAGCCGGAACACAGACACUUAUCACAAUUUUUUCUAAAAACUAAAAAUAAAAAAAAAAUAUAAAAAAUAUGUGGAAGGAGGAAGGAGCUACCCAGCUAUAUAAGCUAUUUUUUUUUUUAAGUGUGAAUUCUAGUUGCAACAUGCAUUUGAGGCAUGUAAAAAAUAAAAAAUAAAAAUACAAAAAACACAAACAGACAUUGUAAAUAAAAAAAAGAGAAGAAUCUAGAGAAGAAUCUAUCUCGUACUCUCUUCCAUCGCUAGUCCCCCAUUUCGAGUGUAAUAAUCCAUCUAUCUCACAGUCCCUCUCGGUUCAUUUAGUAACUUUCGAGAUACUUUUACAUCCAGAUACUUUCGAACUCCCCUUCCCCUCCCCCUUAAGACACAAGCAGACAGAUGACAGAUUAUCGAGUACAAGGUAAGGUUAUAGGUGUCUAAAACAUAUGAUAUAUAAAUUAAAAUUAAAACUAAAAUUAAAAUUAAAAUAUAAAUAUAAUCCAACUACGAACGAGUCUAGGAGAUGGGAAUUUUUUUUUUGUAACUAGCAUAAGUUCAAGACUAUAGUAAGAUUUAAGGGAAAAAGGACGAAGCGAAGCAAGGACGACGAUUUGUAGGGGGGAAGGACAUAGAAGUGUAUAUAAUUAUAAGAAAAAAAAAAAAUUCAACAUUAUUAGUCGAGAUAAUUUUUUUGUUUUUUUUUUCUAUCUUGCUCCAUAUAUCAGAUCAGAAUAAUCUCUACCUAUAUAUUGGAUGUAUUUCGAUGUGUUUAGAGCUAAGCGAUACAAGAUACAAGAUACAGAUGCAAGAUACAGAUACAAGCAUACAAGAUACAAGCAUACAAGCUAAAAGAUACAAAGAUACCGAUUAUUGUUGUGUGUUUUGAAACAGAAUCUUGACAGAUAUUGAAAGAGAAAAUAACCAAACUAUCCAGUACAGCAUAUUGCUAAUUCGAACUUCGAGUAUUUAAGGUCUCUCUCUAUCUCUCUCUCUCUCGCUAUCUAUCUAUCUAUCUUUCUAUCUCUCUCUCUCUCGACAGCCCAGUCACACAGUUAGUAAUUGUAUCUUUAAGUGUAAUCAGAGUCAGAGUCAGCAGAUCCCACCCCAAAAAAAAAUAAAAAAAAAAAAAAGUAAAAAGGGUCUAACCCUGGUCCCCCCCUUAUCCCCUACAAUGUCCCCUACAGCCGAUUUGAAGGCUUUGGUCCUUCAAUGUCCUGGUAUCCGCUCAGCAGAAUAUACACUGAGAAAAUCAAAUAAACAUUAUAAUCUUCAAACUAGGCGUAAUUCCAUAAAUAUAUAUAUUAUAUGUAUGUAUGUAUGGUACACUUAGCGAAAUCGAAGGUCAAGAGGUUAUAUUUUAUGAAUGUGAUUACGAAUAGAAAAUUGACAAAAAAAAAAAACGAAAGUGUUUUGUGAGAAAGGCUAAAAAACAGUGCAUGAGAAAGAUAAGACCAAAAAAAAAUUAUAGAAAAAGUAUCUCUUGUUGGAUUGUGGGGCAGAGAGCUGGAAAGAUCUACGAAAAAGGAUCGAAGGAUCUCUAAAAAGAGCUGCCAACCACAAUUAGUUAAUGUACCUAUUUGUAAUCUCUUGAGUGCUUUGAUUUUCAAAUACCCUUUCCAAAUACCCUUCUCCAUGCACUAGUCUAAGCCGAACUUGAAGUGAGUGUUUAAAUCUUAAAUAGAAAUUGAAUUAAAUUCAAUAUCAAUACCAGAGGCACCCAAAAACAAACCACAUUUCAAAAAAUUCAAAAGCUAUAUAAGUGUCAGAUAGAAAAAAUAAAAACCAAAAAACAGAAAAAUAACAAAAGAAAGAAAAAAGAAUUAAGAAAAACUGAAAAAUUUCUAUAAAUGUAUAAAAUAAGGUGAAAAUAAAGUCCAUGUUGCAGAUGCUAAACCUAUGACUAUAUAGAGUAUUGUAAUUUAAUGAAACCGAUAUAAAUAUGUAUGUAAAUGAUAAGCGAUAAUUAAAAAUGUGUUGACCCUAUUAUUAUUACAAUUUUUUUUUUUUUCUCAAUUUUCGUUGGAAUUUUAUUGUCAGUUUUUCAUUCUUUUUUCUUUUUACCAUUUUUUCGUUUAAUGUUAUUUUCCUGAUAGAGUUAAUUAAAGGAAAAAGUAAACAGAAAUUCGCAAAAACAAAAAAAAAAAACAAAAGUGGAAAAAAAUAUAAGAGAAAAUGACAAAAAAAAAAAAAAAAAACAUUUUUAAAGUAAAUAUGUUAAAUACAAUUUUAAGCAUAAACACAGUGGCGAUAAAUGCAAACAAUUUUAAUGUGGUUACAUAAAAAUACAACAAAAAAAUACAAAAAAAUGCAAGAAAAAAAAAAUGAGACUCAAUGAAAAAAUAAAUGUACGUUGCUCCAAUUGAAAUGGAACACUUUGAAAUAUUACCAAUUCAUAAUAAACUAUAUUUACGAAAUGGAUAAGCGAACAGAACAGAAACCUACCAUCUCAAGCGGAACAAGAACAAGAAAAAGAACAAGAAUUAUGGAUUAAAUUGCAUAACAUUUAAGAGAGAAAAUUAACAAAAGAAGAAAAGGUAGAGGUAAAGAAUCACUACCAGAUACACAGCAUGGUCACACUGGCAGACACAUCCAGACAUGUACUGACAUGCACACUCUCUGACACAGACAUAAACAGACACACGCAAGGACACUUUCAAGCAGCCCAAAAGUAUGCAAUUUGAACCAGAGAAGAAUUUGAAAAGAGCCCAAGACGUGCGAUUCAAAAAACCAAAAAAAACCCAAAAACCAAACUAUGAAUUCAAUAAAAGUGUAAAAGAA